CCACGCCUACGGAGAGGGCGUCGCCGGGCGAUGACGCCAGAACGGCGUCCACUGGAUGAGAAGCCCAGGCCGCGCUCUGGGCCAGCAAGGGGCACGUCACGUGAGCGGACUCGGGACUUAGCGGGGGGACAGGAGCCUCUUGAAGGAGUGAGCCAUUGGGGAUCUCAGCGGCGGGGCAGAUGCUGUAAAAAGGCCGCUGCGACUCUCGGAUCAUGACCUUCAAAGGCCUUUGUGGAUGUUCCCCAUCCUAGAGUCUGUGCUGGAUGCCCCAGAACUGUGAUAGAGGUUUCCCCUGAGGUUGCUUUGCUCCAGUGGCUGCAUCUGAGCUCAGAAUGAUAGUCGUAAAUAGGGCUUUAAGGGCCUUGCGGUCAGCAGCUGUCAUUAGGACCCUGGCUCCUCCCUGCAGCCUCCACACCUCUACCAGCCAGCUGGACUCCAACCGCACCUCUAUCGCUUGCAUCCCGAGGGUGAAAUACGGCCGGGUCUACCCAGUGCUGCUGGUCAGACCAGAUGGCUCAACCAUCCACAUUCGCUACAAGGAGCCAAGAAGGAUUCUUAUGAUGCCGGUAGACAUCAACACUCUCCCAGAAGCGGAGCGGAGGGCCCGGCUGAGGAAAAGGGACUCCGCCAAGAUAAAAGUGAAAGAGGAGGUUCCCUUUGAAGAUGACUUUAAUUUGGACGACUACAGGAAAUUUUGGAAGAAGAAAUGAACUUCCUUUCAGAAGAUUUUUAGAGCAGAAACUCUCUGACACUUCUGCUGUGCUUCGGAAGACUUUUGUUGGUGUAUGAGUAAAGAGAUUUUUUCCAGUU